AUGGCGACAUUAACGUUGGAGACAACAAUGACAAGAAAUCUUGAUGAAAUGACAGAAAACAAAAUUAAAUUCGCCCAAUUCGAAAGUGGAAAUAAAAAUGAAAAUAAUGCAUCUGGAGCGAAAGUUCUGAGUUUUGGACAGUUUCCAAUGGAAAACAAGAUUGAUGCUGCUACGAUGGAAAUUACUACAGAUAAUCCGACGGAGGCAGUUAAAGUUUUUUGGUCACAUCAUGUGGAAGGAAAGAAUGGAAAAUCUAACAACUUCUGGAAAGAUUGCAGAGAGAAAAGACCGCGGUUAACAACGAAUAACAUUCGUGAAGCCCUCUUAUUUACUUGUUAA